AUGUCGGUGGUGUCCGGCACGACUCGCCUCAACGAGGGCGGCACUCGCCACAAGCUGCAGGCGGCCAUCGUCCACCCGGGCUACGACGUGGACGACUCGUGGCUCCACGACAUCGCCCUCAUCAAGGUUGUGGAGCCGUUCCAGCUGGACGGGGUGAAGGUCGCCGCAGCGACGCUGCCGCAGCAGGGGCAGCCCGUGCAAGACGAUGACGUCGCCAUAGUUGUCGGCUGGGGGCUCGUGCAGGAGACGGACACGCAGCCGUCGGAGCGCCUGCAGAAGGCCGAGCUGCGCAUCGUUAACCAGGUGGAGUGCCAGUGCGCCUACAAGAGCGUGGGCGAGCAAGUGCACGACACCAACCUGUGCGCCGGCGUGCUGCAAGGUGGCAUCGGCGCGUGCCAGGGGGACUCCGGCGGCCCGCUGUUCGUGGACGGCGUGCUGGUGGGCCUGACGUCCUUCUCUCUGGGCUGCGCCCGGCCCAACUUCCCCGCCGUCUUCACUCGCGUCGCCUCCUACAUCGACUGGAUAAAUCAGCACGUACAGUGA